AUGCUUCAAGUCACCCUCGUUUCUGGGCAAGAGGUUGCCUGCUUCGAUGCUGAGAGCAUCAACGCCUUUUUCAGCUCAGGCAACACCUUGAGAUCGCUGAAGCAGCACCUGCAGGAGAUUGUGGGAGUCCCCUCGUUUCGCCAGCAGCUUGUGUGCGAAGGGCAAGUAUUGUGCGAGGGUGGAGAUUUUCCACGUACGGACGGCUCUCAAGGUGCCGCACAUGUGCAGCUGGUUCUUGUACCAACGUGCACGGCGUUUACAGAGGAGUUGAUGUCUGCUGUUGACCAGGAGGACGAGGCAACUGUACGUGUUUUGCUUGGUAAACCUCAGGAUCCAGAUGAAGCAGAUUCAUGUGGAAGAACGGCUUUGUUCCUGGCUGCUUGUAACGGAUAUGACGGCAUAAUCAAGCUGAUUCUGGAAGCUGGAGCAGACGUGAAUAAGACCAUUAAUGACAGAGGGGAAUCGCCCCCCUUGCUGGCCGCUGCACAGAGAGGUCAUCUGGAAGCUGCCCGUUUGCUUGUCUGCGCUGGGGCUGAUAAAGAGAAAGGCAAUAUUUGGGGAACAUCACCCCUGCUGGCAGCCUGCGAAAACGGGCAUCUGGAGGUUGUGCGCUUGUUGGUUGAAGCAGGUGCUGAGAAGGACAAGCCCGACAUGUAUGGAACAUCUCCCUGCUCAGCUGCGGCAGCAGAAGGAAAGCUGGGUGUGCUUGAGCUGUUGAUACAGCGCCGGGCCGACAUCGAUAAGGCUAAUUCUUGGCAAGCGGUGCCUUUGCAGAUUGCUGCUGAGAAAGGGCAUUGUGAAGUCGUUGCCAAGUUGAUUGAAGCGGGGUCGUGCAUGGACGAAGCCGAUCAGCACGGAAGGUCUCCCUUGUUCUGUGCAUGUGAGGCAGGGCACCUGGAUGUAGCACGUGUGUUGGUUAAUGCAGGUGCAGACAAGGAUAAGUCAAGCAAGACUGGACUUUCGCCGCUGUCCGUAGCUUCCGAGGAAGGCCAUCUUGAAGUCGUGCGUUUUCUUAUUCAAGCAGGGGCCGAUAAGGAGAAGGCCAAAAUUCGCGCACGUCAUCUGUAUUGGCUUCUGAUGGGCAAAGCCGGAUGA